AUGGACGUGCGUGCCCAACCUCAGGGCGACGCUCACGAGGACCGCCUCGUCGGGCAAAAGGAGGCCAAGGACCUCGACCGGGUCGGGUGUUCCCAGUCAAGACCAGUGUUCCUCAAGUGUUCCCAGUCAAGCCCAGUGUUCCCAGUCAAGCUCAGUGUCCCUGAAGUGUUCCCAGUUAGGUCCAGUGUCCCUCAGGUGUUCCCAGUUAAGCCCAGUGUUCCUCAGGUGUUCCCGUUCAACCCCAGUGUCCCUCAGGUGUUCCCAGUCAAGCCCAGUGUCCCUGAAGUGUUCCCAGUUAGGUCCACUGUCCCUCAGGUGUUCCCAGUCCAGUCCAGCGUCCCUCAGGUGUUCCCAGUCAAGCUCAAUGUCCCAGAAGUGUUCCCAGUCAAGCCCAGUGCCCCUCAGGUGUUCCCAGUCAAGCCCAAUGUCUCUGAGGUGUUCCCAGUCAAGCCCAGUGUUUCUCAGGUGUUCCCAGUCAAGCACAGUGUCCCUGAAAUGUUCCCAGUUAGGUCCAGUGUCCCUCAGGUGUUCCCAGUCAUGCUCAGUGUCCCUGAGGUGUUCCCAGUCAUGUCCAGUGUUCCUCAGGUGUUCCCAGUCAAACCCAGUGUCCCUCAUGGGUUCCCAGUCAAGCCCAGUGUCCCUGAGGUGUUCCCAAUCAUGUCCAGUGUUCCUCAGGUGUUCCCAGUCAGACCCAGUGUCCUUCAAGUGUUCCCAGUCAAGCCUAGUAUCCCUCAGGUGUUCCCAGACAAGCCUAGUGUCCAUCAGGUGUUCACAGUCAAGUCUAGUGUCCCUGAGGUGUUCCCAGUCAAGCGCAGUGUCCCUCAGGUGUUCCCAGCCAAGCCUAAUGUCCACCAGGUGUUCCCAGUUAAGUCUAGUGUCCCUCAGGUGUUUCCAAUCAAGCCUAGUGUCCAUCAGGUGUUCCCAGCCAAGCCUAAUGUCCACCAAGUUUUCCCAGUCAAGUCCAGUGUCCCUCAGGUUUUCCCAGUCAAGCCCAGUGUUCCUCAGGUGUUCCCAGUCAAGCCCAGUGUCCCUCAGGUUUUCCCAGUCAAGCCCAGUGUCCCUCAGGUGUUCCCAGUCAAGCCCAGUGUCCCUCAGGUGUUCACAGUGAAGCCUAGUGUCCCUCAGGUGUUCCCAGUCAAGUCCAGUGUCCCUCUGGUGUUCCCAGUCGAGCCUAGUGUACCUGAGGCGUUCCCAGUGUUCCCAGUCAAGUCCAGUGUCCUUCAGGAGUUCCCAGUCAAGCCCAGUGUCCCUGAGGUGUUCCCAGUCAAGGCCAGUGUCCCUGAGGUGUUCCCAGUCAAGCCCAGUGUCCCUCAGGCGUUCCCAGGCAAGCCCAGUGUCCCUCAGGUGUUACCAAUCAAGCCCAGUGUCCCUCAGGCGUUCCCAGUCAAGCCCAGUGUCCCUCAGGUGUUCCCAGUCAAGCCCAGUGUCCCUCAGGCGUUCCCAGGCAAGCCCAGUGUCCCUCAGGUGUUACCAAUCAAGCCCAGUGUCCCUCAGGCGUUCCCAGUCAAGCCCAGUGUCCCUCAGGUGUUACCAAUCAAGCCCAGUGUCCCUCAGGUGUUACCAAUUAAGCCCAGAGUCCCUCAGGUGUUACCAGUCAAGCCGUUUCCCUAA